UUUAUGAACUUGUGAGGAUUAGCUCAUAGUCAUAUUCAUAAAUGAAAUGUUUUGUAUCGCUUUGUAAAUAUUAAUUGUGAUGAGGAAUGAAAGUUAGCUGGCUAGCUGCAGCCAUGCUUCUGCUUUCUGACAGUUUCCUGUUUUGAAAAAGAAGUUCCUCAGAGAACACAAACCCCAGCAAAAUGGACCAUGAGGUGUCUGUGAUGCUGCACUGUGCUCCAGCUCAGGGCUUUGAAGAGCACCAAGUAGAAGCAGAGAUAUCCAGCAGGUUCAACCGCAGUAGUGUUCCUGAGAUCGAGGAACAUAUCGAGGCGGUGUGGAACGAGCGUGUGACCAAAGAACCGUGGCUUUUCAACGGGGCUAAAUUCAGACUGCACUUGGCAGAGCUCUCCACGAAACCUCCUCAGGCCCAUACGCACUUCUGCACUACGGCUGAAGCUCCUGCCUCGCAAACUGUUCACUGUGAAACAGCCGAGAUCUAUGAUAAGCCUGGGAAUUAUCCGGCUCGAAAUCAUAUUACCUUGCAUUGCGUUGGUGAAGGAGAGCAUGCCUCUCAGAGAGAAAUGCAUGGUUUGUCAGUUAAUGCAAUAAUUGAGAAGAGCAGCAGCUGUAGAGAAGGUGAAGGAGAACCUGAGGAUGAAGGAACCUCUGCGGUGAUGGUCAGAUUGCAGCUGGGUUUGACGUGUUAUAAAGACUUCCUAGGAACCAACUGGUCACAGGAGGCUGUGAACUUGCAGAAGCGUGGACAGCUGGAGCUGGGAGAUCCUCAGGCUCUUCUGGCACAGCCUCUUGGUGUCGGUGCGGUCCUUCUUACCUCAGAUGAACAGGUGGUGAUGCUGAGAAGGAGUCAGAGAGUCGCAGAGGCAGCAGGGCUUUUAGACAUACCUGGUGGGCAUCCUGAGCCUAAGGCUGUGUGUCAGGGGAUGAGUGAGGAGGGUAUCAGCAUCGAACUCCUACAGGGUUGUGAGAAAGCUGUCGUGGCAGAGAUCUUCUCCUCGAUCUGUGCGGAGGUCAGGGACGAGGUAAAUGUUCCACUGGAUUUUCUCAGCGCACCUGUUUUGAUGGGAAUAGCACUGAACCACACCAGUGCAGGACGGCCCAGUGCAGAGUUUUUCAUCAGGUGUUCUCUGACGGAGGAGGAAGUGAAGGAGUUUUAUUGGCGCGGAGGUCCUGAAGCUCAUGAGUCUACAGAUAUAGUGUUCCUGAGUAAAUCAGAGAUGCUGCAGUUGGAUGUGAAGUCACCCUUGUGGUCAGAAUUGUGCCCUUCAGCUAAAGGAGCCGUGCUGCUGUACCAACUAGUGAGACCUGAUUAGUCUUAAAGUACAACAAAUGUUUGGUUUAAAAGAUUUCCAGGUCUCAAAUAAAUCAUUAAUGAUUUCAAAUAUAUCUUUGAAAACUGUAUUUCAUAACAUUGCCAUACUAUGAAACUGGAGCUUUUUUUUCUUUCUGAAAAUAAAGGCCAGUCCAAGUCCAAGUGGAGCAGGUGGAGCUGGUUGAGGGAGAGUAAAGAAGCUUGAUAUUUUUUACACCAAUUUUUAUUCGCCUUUAAGGUUAAAUAGGGUUUUAACAUUAUUAUUUUUUUAUAACUGUAAAGGUUCUGGACUCUAUAUAAUGUAUACUUUUUUAUUGUAUUUUAGAGCUUAAUAUAUUUUACAUAAACGGUUUCUGAAUUUAUUUAAACAUCUGAAAUGUGACCAAUUUUUUAUGUCAGUUUCACGUGUACCAUCAUGAAAAUCAAUAAAACAUUCUACAUGAACGA